GCGUCAAGGGUGUGGCGCCUUUAGGAUGGAGGCGGAUGGGGGCAAAAAGGGCCCGGGCCCUAUCUUGUCGGCGCGAAGCCCACGCGGAGCGCGCGCCGUCUCUGGUCAUGCUGAGAUCCCGGAAGCAGCAGGGGAGAUGUGCCAGCGAGACAGCGGGACACGGGUCCGGAACCAACGGCGGCGCAGACGCGCACCCGUACCGCCUAGAGACGAGCACCGAGCGCCGGAAGAGGUGCGAGGCCUGGGGGUCAGGGGUGCGCUGGGUCUCACCUUUGCGGUCGUUUCUAGGACUGACGGGCGCGCCGGCCCUGUGUUCCACUUGGGCCGCGCCUGUCUUCGUAGCCACGGAGAGGAAAGAACCGCGGUUCUCCCCGCUCCUGCUUGGAUGGAAUUUUUAAGAUUGCCCGGGAAGGCCGUAGGAAAAUUCCUGGACUCGCCGGCGGUUUCCGCGCUGACGAGUAACCUGGUCGCCCCACCUCGCGACCAUUCAAAAGCACAGCGCAACUAUCUACGCAGAUGCCUUCCCGCGUGCGGGGGCAGCAGCCCAGGUCGGAAUCUCAUCUACGCGGUCCCAGAUGGCGCCGGUGAGAGCAACCUGCGCGCCUGCUGAUGACCCGGCGCGAUGCGAUGGGCCAUGCAGAUUAGAAGGGAAAGGCGGGGCGCGGCCUUUUGGCUUUUGUUUCUUCGGGGGCGCAUUGGCUUAGUAGCGAAGGCGG